AUGGAGGAAACAAUCGCCGAGCUACGACGUCAGCUGGAGGAAGAGAGACAGGCGCGAGAAGAAGAGAAGAAAGCGCGAGAAGAGGCAGAGCGCCGUGAAAGAGAAGAGAGACAGGCGCGAGAAGAAGAGAAGAGAGCGCGAGAAGAGGCAGAGCGCCGUGAAAGAGAAGAGAGAGAAGCGCGAGAAGAAGCAGAGCUGCGAGUGCAGCCCAACACACUGUUUCGCCUUCUUGAUCAUUGCCACAACUCUUUAUCUCAAGCGAUCCGAGUCGAGACGGAUGCGACUCUCACAACUCAGGGUGAAGCGACCAACCCAGUGAACCGACUUUACCCUAAGCGCAUAGUCCCUUGGCUUAACUUCCCUCAACUCCAAGAACAAGUCUGGAGGAAAAUUGAACGCGCGGGCGCCUUCACCUCACACCCACUCUUCCCUUCUGAUACCCAAAUCGAUUACGUUGUUACGAACAUCCAGAACAGGCCUAUCUAUUCGGAAGCGUCUCUUCGGAACUUUGAGCGAGACACAGUGGAUAACUUUGUCGAGAAAAUCAUUAAGGCGUUGCGAGAGGAUGAACUCCUUCGACAUGAGUUUGGAAUCCAGGGCCGAGUCACCUUCUAUGACCGCGCGAACCCAUCAGAAAACUCACUGGAAAACAGCUUGGAGCAAAUGAAUGUUCAGGACGUGCGGACACCUCAACCACCAGCGAAAACCAGGAAUGGAAGAGGCAGAGGAAGGGGGAAAGGACCGGCUCAGAAACAGAAGAGGGGAGGCACUACACGAAAACGCAAUCGGCGCGCUGAUCAGUUCUGCGUCCAUGUUGUGGCUGAUGAACGACAAAUACCAGUGUAUGCAGUGGAGUUCAAAGCGCCGCAUAAGGUGACAAUCCCCGAAUUAGUGGCGGGUCUACACCAGAUGGAUCUGGCUCGCGAUGUCAUUGACCAGGAAGGCGACACGUUUGAGUUUUAUGCCACCUACCUUGUCGCUGCGGUAGUCACUCAGAUAUUCUCAUAUAUGAUUGACAGUGGAGUUCAAUACGGCUACAUCUGCACGGGAGAAGCUUUUGUUUUUCUCCAUAUCCCGAAGGAUGAUCCCACAGUGGUUCAAUAUUUCAUGUGUAUCCCGAAUCAGGACGUGCAGGCGGACGAUGAAUGGCGCCUCCACCGGACCGCCAUCGGUCAGGUCCUUGCAUUCACCCUUCAAGCGCUAGCCGCCGAAGCUCCGUCUCAAGAGUGGCAUGAUGCGGCACACGAUAAGCUAAAGACCUGGGAGGUCGAAUACCUGGACGUGUUGAGAAAAAUCCCCGAGACUGUCCGUAAAGACCCGCGGGCCUCUAAUUAUCGGCCCUCGCACUGGAAACGAGACCGGAAAGUACACAACACCCGCUCUCGCGCUCAAUGCCAACCGGGUGCGUCUACGCCGAAGAACUCGUCGACUGAAGGCAGUGGGAGUGAUCAAGAAUCGCACUCGCCAUCCGUCGCAGCGGCUUCGCGUAGCCAAUCGAGCCGUGGACAAGGCAAGCUUCAAUCAGCUAGAGGAAGCGAAGGGACACAAGCCGGCCGGAACAAUAAACAGACUUCUCAAAAAGAUGGGCAAUCUGCGCGACCAUAUUGCACUAUUGCCUGCAUCCGCGGUAUGGUCAACCGAGAUCCUCUGGAUAAAGAAUGCCCCAACUGGAAACUCCACGGUGGCCAGAGACACUCCGUGGGACCGCAGGAGCUCACACGUCGGCUUCACAAUCAACUUUCCCGAAACCGAAAUCAUGGGUUUGAACAACUUCACGUCUGUGGUCGGACGGGUUACCUCAUCAAAGCGACUCUUCUAUCACACGGAUACACUGUGAUAAUCAAGGCUACCACGGCGGACAAGCAGCAUCUCAUUAAAGCAGAGGCAGACAAUUAUCGUUCUCUCAAGAGCCUGCAGGGAAAACAGAUUCCUGUCUGUCUUGGAACAUUUACGCCACAAGUCUCAUAUUGGUACCAUGGCGAAUUAAUGGCGCAGAUGAUGAUACUGAGCUGGUCUGGAAAACGGCUUCAGCAUGUCAUUAACGAUGAGAAUUCCAGAUUCUUUCAUCAGGAGCGCGACAAAGCUCUGACCGUGCUCCGGUCGCAUGGAGUUGUCCACGGCGACAGUGAGUGGCGCAAUAUGCUGUGGGAUGACCUGGGUGUUCGUCUGUUUGUAAUUGACCUGGAGGAAGUGAAAUGGUUGAAGCGCCCUCGGGCUCUUGAACCAACCUUUGGCAACAUGCGGCAUGGCCAUCGCGUCGGGGUGGGGAAAAGCAGAAAAAAGCUCCUGUCCAGCUCAAUUGCUGUCUGCUCAUGA